AACCAUGGCGGCCGAUCUGGGGGACCCCAAAACUCCCGCGUCCCCCCCCGCCCCCCCAAAACGCUUCUUCCGCAAGAGCGUGGAGGUGCUGGAGGAGGAGGAGCGGGGCGAGCGCGGCGGCGACCCCGGCCCGCGGGGCGACCCCCGGCUCGGGGGGGGCGAGGAGGAGGAGGCGGAGAUGAAGGCCGUGGCCACCUCGCCCGGUGGCCGCUUCCUCAAGUUCGACAUCGAGCUGGGGCGCGGCGCCUUCAAGACGGUCUUCAAGGGAUUCGACACCGACACCUGGGUGGAGGUGGCCUGGUGUGAGCUGCAGGACCGCAAGCUGACCAAGGCGGAGCAGCAGCGCUUCAAGGAGGAGGCCGAGAUGCUCAAGGGGCUGCAGCACCCCAACAUUGUCCGCUUCUACGACUCCUGGGAGUCCUCGCUCCGCGGCAAGAAGUGCAUCGUCCUCGUCACCGAGCUCAUGACCUCGGGCACCCUCAAGACGUACCUCAAGAGGUUCAAGGUGAUGAAGCCGAAGGUGCUGCGGAGCUGGUGCCGGCAGAUCCUGAAGGGGCUGCAGUUCCUGCACACGAGGACGCCGCCCAUCAUCCACCGCGACCUCAAGUGCGACAACAUCUUCAUCACCGGCCCCACCGGCUCCGUCAAGAUCGGCGACCUGGGGCUGGCCACGCUCAUGCGCACGUCCUUCGCCAAGAGCGUCAUCGGGACCCCCGAGUUCAUGGCCCCCGAGAUGUACGAGGAGCGCUACGACGAGUCCGUGGACGUCUACGCCUUCGGGAUGUGCAUGCUGGAGAUGGGCACGUCCGAGUACCCCUACUCCGAGUGCCAGAACGCCGCCCAGAUCUACCGCAAAGUCACCAGCGGCAUCAAGCCGGCGAGUUUUCACAAGGUGACGGACCCCGAGGUGAAGGAGAUCAUCGAGGGCUGCAUCCGGCAGAACAAGGCUGAGAGGCUGUCCAUCCGGGACCUGCUGGACCACGCGUUCUUCGCCGAGGACACGGGGCUGCGCGUGGAGCUGGCCGAGGAGGACGCGGGGCUGGACCCGGCGCUGGCGCUGCGGCUCUGGGUGGAGGACCCCAAAAAGCUCAAGGGCAAGCACAAGGACAACGAGGCCAUCGAGUUCAGCUUCAACCUGGAGGCCGAUGUCCCCGAGGAGGUGGCCUAUGAGAUGGUGAAAUCUGGGUUCUUCCACGAGAGCGACUCCAAGGCCGUGGCCAAAUCCAUCCGGGACCGGCUGGCGCUGGUGAGGAAGACUCGGGAGAAGAAGCAGGCGGAGGGCCGGGGGGCCCCCGAGAGCCGGGGGGCCCCCGAGAGCGAGGACACCGAGGUCGAUCAGCACGUGCGGCAGCAGCUGCUGCGGGAGCAGCCCCCGCCCGGCCCUGCUGAGGGGCUCCUGGACAACGCCCCCCCCACAGAUGUCCCCGGUCCCUGCGGUGUCACCGGGGCACCUGAGCAGCUCUGGGGGUACCCACAGGGACCCCAGGAUGGGGUGUCCCCCCCUGUGCCACCACUGGUGACGCAGGGGACCGAGGGGACAGCAGAGGAUGGCACCGGAGGAGCCGCCAUGGAGCCACCUGGGCCUGAGGGGGACCCCUGUGGCUGUGGCGGGGGGUCGGUGACAGUGGGGGCACAGCCACAGGUGGCACCUGGGGCACCGGGGCCGGGGAUGGCACCAAGAGUGGCAGCAGGGGUGGCACUGGCAGCUGCGGGGGUGACAGCGGCUCCUGGAGUGUCACCAGCGCAAGGAGUGCCACCAGCCUCAGGGGGGACAGCAGCUCUGGGGGUGCCACCAGCUCUGGGGGUGCCACCUCCAGCCGGAAUGCCACCAGCUCCGGGGGUUACACCAGCCCAGGGGAUGGCAUCAGUGCCAGGGGUGACACCAGCCCAAGGGGUGCCACCCCUGGCUGGGGUGCCACCACAGUUGGUCCCCAUGGUGCAGCUGCAGCCAGGCCUUGGAAUGCCACCAAAAACCCCUGGGAUGCCGCCAGGUCCAGGAAUGCCACCAGCCCAGGGGAUGCUGCCAGGUCCAGGAAUGCCACCACCAUCUGGGAUGCCACCAGCCCAGGGAAUGCCCCUAGCCCAGGGGGUGCCACCAGCCCAGGGGAUGCCACCACAGCCAGUCCCUGCCAUGCAGCCGCAGCUGGUGCCAGGGAUGUCACCAGCUCCAGGGAUGCCAGCAGUGGUGGGGAUGUCACCAGCUCUGGGGGUUCCACCACUGUCCAUCAUGACAUCAGUCAUGGGGAUGUCAUCAGCCCCGGAGAUGCCAACUCCAUCCAUGAUGCCACCAGCACAAGGGAUGCCACCUCCGUCUGUGAUGCCACCAGUCAUGGGGGUGUCACCAGCCCCAGGGGUGCCACCUGCCCAAGGGAUGCCACCAUCAUCCAUGAUGCCACCAGCCUCAGAGAUGCCACCAUCAUCCAUGAUGCCACCAGCCAUGGGGAUGCCACAAGCUCUGGAGAUGCCACCACCAUCCAUGAUGCCACCAGCCAUGGGAAUGCCACCAGCCCCAGAGAUGCCACCACCAUCCCCAGUGCCACAACCCCCAGUGCUCCCUGGCCCCGAGGACCCCUCGGUGCCCGCCGAGGCCGCGUCCCUGCUGCGCGUCCCCGAUGUCCCCGAGGUCCCCGGGCCGCGUGCCCGGCAGCGCCGUGCGUCGUGCCAGCGCCCCGCCCGCUUCCAGCUCACCGUGCUGCAGGUGUCCUCAGCUGGGGACAACACGGUGGAGUGCCAGCUGGAGACCCACGACAGCAAGAUGGUCACCUUCAGGUUUGACGUGGACGGGGACGCGCCCGAGGACAUCGCCUGCUACAUGGUCGAGGACAACUUCGUCCUGGAGGGGGAGCGGGACAAGUUCGUGGAGGAGCUCAAGGCCAUCGUGACGCAGGCGCGGGAGCUCCUCGGGACCCCCGCCCCGGACCCCCAGGUGCUCCCCCUGUGGGACCCCUGGAGCCGCCAGCAGGUGGUGAGUAGUGGAGAAGGGGAGGGGGCUGGGGUCACCCCCCACCUGCUGACCCCUCGCCCCCCACCAGGGGAAGGCCCCCCCCAGUCAUCGCCCGUGGGGCGCUGGAGGUUCUGCAUCAACCAAACCAUCCGGAACCGCGAGGCCACCGGCCCCGGGGGACCCCCUCCCACCCGGAGAGCCCUGGGGACAUCCCAGGGGGGUCCCCAAGGACAGGGGACAAACAAGAGCGGAGCGUCGGAGCAGGACGGGCCGGGGGGGCCGGAGACAGGGGUCCCCAACGCCCAGGACCUGGAUGUCCCCAAAGCGGAGGAGCUGGGUGUCCCCCAGGCUUUGGGGACAGCUGUCACUGGUCCCCAGGAGGUCGCACCAGAGAGGAUCAACCCCGAACCCCAAGAUCUGGGGGCUCCCCAAUGCCUGGGGCGGAGUGACCCCAGCUCUGGACAUCUGGACGUGGCUGUCCCCAAACCUCUGGAGCUCGAUGACCACCAAGAGCCCCUCGUCUCUGGGGACACAGAGCUGGGUGUCCCCCAGGAACAGGGGACAGCCACUGCCCCGUGGGAGCAGGAGAGACCCGGGGAACCGCCCGACCCCCCAGAGCCAGAUGUGUCCCAAGAGCCAGGUGACCCCCAAGGACUGGGGACAUUCGCCACUGGGCCCCCAGAGCCACCAGGUGACCCCCAAGGACUGGGGACAUUCGUCACCGGUGCUUGGGGACAGGAGGGACCCCUGGGACCAGAGGCCGUGCCCCCCGCCCGCCCCCCGCCCGGGGGUGCCUCCUUCCCGCUGGGGCUGUGCCCCCGCCUGCGCAGCCCCCGCAAGGGCUGGGGGCGCCGCAUCAAGAGCUGGGCCCGGCGCCUGCGCCCCCCCUCCGUGGGGGGAGACCCCCACACAGAGGAGCCAGAGGAACUCGGGGACCCCCCAAGGCAAGGGCACUGCCAGCCACCUCCUGAGCCCGCCGACCCCGAGGGCGACUGGGGGGGUCCCAGCUCAGGCAGUGAGAGUGGGGGGCUGGGGGGACCCCCACACCCCCCCGGGGCCCCCCUGCUCCCCCCGGGGUCCCCCGAGACCCCCCUGAGCAGCGACGGGGACUCGGAGCCCGAGGACGAGGCGCUGCGGGAGCAGCUGCGGCGGCUGCGGGAAAAGCACAUCCAGGAGGUUCUGGAGCUGCGGGCGCGGCAGGACCGGGAGCUGCGGGAGCUGCACCGGCGGCUCCGGGCCCUCAAAGAGGCCCGGGGGGACCCCCCAAAAUGGGGAGGGGGCGGUGGGACCCCCCCCCAGCGCGGCCACGGGGGGUCCCCGAGGCGGCCUCGGGGGGCCCGGGCACGAGGGAGGGGCCGGGGAGUGGCCCUGACAGGUUGA